CAACAUCCCAAUAUCACCUUCUCCGCCUCCCUCCACGCCUUUACUCUUUCCCAAGCGACUAUGCCACAACAUGGCGACGAGGACGCCGACCUAGAUGCCUAUCCCUACCUCCGGGGGCUCAACCCCGCUCAGCUGCAGGCCGUAAUAGCCCCUCCGGAGGUGCCCCUUCAGAUUCUGGCCGGCCCCGGGUCGGGCAAGACUCGGGUGCUCACCUCGCGUGUGGCCCAUCUUGUGAAGCGACAUCACAUCUCUCCGCGCCGCAUCACCGCUGUGACAUUCACGAACAAGGCCGCGAACGAGAUGCGGAAACGCCUGCAAGCUCUUCUCGGCCUGUCAGAGGCGUCGCAACUUGUGCUUGGGACGUUCCACGCGACAUGUGUGCGAUAUCUACGGCGGCACGGCGCACGCAUCGGGCUUGACACCAACUUCGCCAUCGCCGACGCUGAUGAUUGCAAGAAGAUUAUGACACGAUUGCUCAAGGAGAAGAAGGAAGAGCUUACCAUGGCGCGGAUCAGUCUUAGGGAGGGAGACGUGCUCAGCGUCAUAUCCAAGGCCAAAGCCAAAGGGGAGACACCGGAGGGCAUGGAGAUACGUGCCGCUCAGCCCGAAUCCGACAGCGUGCUCACCGUUAUUGCUGAGCUGUAUGAAGAUUACGAAGCCGCGCUACGGGAGGCCGGUGCUCUCGACUUUGACGACCUUCUCCUCUUCGGCCUACGACUAUUCCGCCAGCACUCCGGCAUUCUCGAGUCAUGCACACACAUCCUCGUGGACGAGUUUCAGGACACCAACACCACGCAGUACGAGCUCAUGAAAUGCUUUUCCAAGGCGCAAGGUGGUGUCAGCAUCGUUGGCGACCCAGAUCAAUCGAUUUAUGGGUGGCGCUCCGCAGAAAUCGAGAACCUUACCAAGAUGACCAAGGACUUCGACAACGUUCGCGCCAUCUAUCUUGAAGAGAAUUAUCGCUCCACGGGCGCCAUUCUGGCCGCCUCUCACUCAAUUGUUUCACAAGAUAAGUCUCGCAUCGAGAAGAAUCUGUAUACGUCACAUCCGAAGAGUACAACUGUCACCCUCAAGACUCUGGCCACACCGGCUGUCGAAGCAAGCUUCAUCUCAGCUGAGAUCAAGCGCCUUGUGGCGUAUUCUGGCGGGAUGCUAAAUUUCGAGGACUUCGCUAUUUUGCUCCGCUACAACGCCCUAUCACGCGUUCUUGAAGCAGCGCUGCAGAAGGAAGGUAUCCCUAAUCGCAUCAUCGGAGGGCGCAAGUUCUUCGAACGCAUGGAGGUCAAGGAUCUGCUGGCAUACCUGCAGCUUGCAGACAACCCACACUUCACCGUGAGAGUCUGGAGGGAGUACGCUAACAUCCAGCCUGCUUUUAUGCGCGUCAUCAACACUCCCCGUCGUGGCAUUGGAGACAAGUCCGUCGCUGACCUCGUUACAGCUGCCCGGAGGAAAAAGGUUCCACCUAUGGCUCUAUGCGAGGCAAUAGUCGACGGGGAACGGCUGCCUGAAGGUAUCAAGCCCGCGCUCAAGAAAAAACUUGCAUCAUUCGUCAGCGUUGUCCGCAAGUUGCGUCGAGCAGCACGGGAGGACUUCCCCGUUGAGGAAAUCAUUCGCAUGGCUCUCGAGAAGCUAAACUAUGAAGAAUACUUGCGAUCUACACAGCAAGACUAUGUUGAGCGAUGGGAGAACGUCCAAGAGCUGAUUAGUUACAGCGUCAUCGUGGCCAAGGAGCAGAGCCGGGAGGCCGAGUUGGACGAGGAAGGGACUCGACCAGAGGGCUUCGCGUCAGCGAAGACGUUUCCAUUAGAUGCUCCGUCCCCAUCUCACAAAGUCGAGAUUCCCGUGCACCCCAUGUUUCGACGAGGAGACUCUUCAUCCAGGAGUCGCUCAUCGUCAUCUGUUCCGGACACUAACCAGCGUAAAGCGAAUCGCCCGCGAGUCAAGGUCGAGGAUGACAUUAUCGAGAUUCUGUCAAGUGACGAGGAGAUGGACGAGCGUCCUCCGCAGCCGGCUCCUGCAAUUGCUGAAGACGAGGAUUUAAUGACACCGCUGCGAUUUUUCCUGCAGAAGUCGAUGCUAUCGACGGACACUGAGUCCAAUGAACCUGACGAGGAAAUUUCUAAAGUCACCAUGUCCACUGUCCAUGCCGCAAAGGGGCUGGAGUGGCCUGUGGUAUUCAUCCCGGCAGCCGAGCAAGGUACCUUUCCUUCAUAUCGUUGCACGGAAGAGCACGAGAUUGCCGAGGAGCGCCGUCUGCUCUACGUCGCUAUGACGCACUUUGACUAGCGCGCGGGUACGGAUGGCAGGGGGAGAGGAGCAGCCGCGGAUUUUGAGCGAAUUCGUAUCUGCAUCGCAACGCAAGCAUCCAGCCAUCUUCACUGGUGAUGUCCCCAAUAUCGACGCGGACAUCCGGGUACAAAUGUCGCAAAUGCUUGGGCGC